GAGAGGAGAACAGGAGGAGGGACAGAGGGAUGGGGAAAGCUGCACAAAGGAAUUCCUCACCCCAAGCCCCCUGACUGGCGGCAGCGAGUAAAGAAGCAGAUCUGCUCACCCUCCCCCUUCCUGCUUCCCAUCUUCCCACCAACGGGGCACAGACACCACAGGCCACAGAGCAGAUGCAGGCCUUGGGAGAGGACCCACACAGCCUCCGGUAGGUGGCAACAGUGCCACCUGUUUGACUGGUGGGGCUGAGCCAAGGACUGGAAGAGGGAGGAGGCAGAUAACUCGGAGAGAAGCUGGGAAGCAGUGCAGAGCACAGAGCGGAGCUGCUGCUGAGAAAAGGUGUGUGCUGGCAGGAAAAAAGUUCCUUCAGGAGGUGUGCCGUUGAAAGGAAGACCCUGGAAACUGUCCCCUUUGCUCAUCUCCUUCUCCAAUCUGGCACUUGGAGCCUGCCCUGUAACCUCCGUUGCUGAGCAGUGGCCCAGGCCUCCGCUCCUCCCCCACUGGGCUCCUCACUGGGAGGGAGGCUGGGAUCUGCCUUCUGCCAGGGUCUCUGAGAGCCAAGCGUCCCUCCCCCCAGGCCCUUACCAUGGCCGACUCCCCUGGCUGCUGCUCUGUCUGGGCCCACUGCUUCCACUGCCUGUACAGCUGCCACUGGAAGAAAUGCCCCAGGGAUAGGAUGCAAACCAACAAGUGCGAAUGCGUCUGGUUUGGCCUGCUCUUCCUCACCUUCCUCCUCUCCCUGGGCUGGCUGUACGUCGUGCUCAUCCUUCUCAAUGACCUGCACAACUUCAAUGAAUUCCUAUUCCAGCGCUGGGGGCACUGGAUGGACUGGUCCCCGGCAUUCCUGCUGGUCAUCUCUCUACUGGUCACAUACGCAUCCCUGCUCUUGCUCCUGGCCCUGCUCCUGUGGCUCUAUGGCCAGCCUCUGUGUCUGCACACUGUCCACAAGGUGUUGCUGCUCCUCAUCAUAUUUCUUGUGGCUGCUGGCCUUGUGGGACUGGAGGUCCAAUGGCAGGAGGAGUGGCAUAGUUUACGCCUGUCACUGCAGGCCACAGCCCCAUUCCUUCACAUUGGAGCAGCUGCUGGCAUCACCCUCCUGGCCUGGCCUGUGGCUGAUACCUUCUACCAUAUCCAUCGAAGAGGUCCCAAGAUCCUGCUACUGCUCCUAUAUUUUGGAGCCACCCUGGGCAUCUACCUGGCGCCCCUAUUCAUCUCCUCAGCCUGUAUCAUGGAACCCAAAGACCUACCACACAAGCCUAAGUUGAUAGGACACCGAGGGGCCCCCAUGCUGGCCCCCGAGAACACCCUGAUGUCCCUGCGGAAGACAGCUGAAUGUGGAGCUGUUGUGUUUGAGACCGACGUGAUGGUCAGCUCUGAUGGGAUCCCCUUUCUCAUGCAUGAUGAGCGCCUGACCAGGACCACAGAUGUGGCCUCUGUGUUCCCAGACCGAGUCAACAGCCACAGCAGUGACUUCUCCUGGGCUGAACUGAAGAGGCUCAAUGCUGGGGCCUGGUUCCUUCAGAGGCAACCUUUCUGGGGGGCUAAGCAGCUGUCAGGCCAUGAUCGAGAAGAUGCUGAGAGUCAAACAGUGCCAUCCUUGGAAGAAAUACUGAAGGAAGCUGAAGGCCUCAACCUUUCUAUCAUAUUUGACCUGCGCUGCCCCCCAGAAAACCACACAUAUCAUGACAGUUUUGUCAACCAGACAUUGGAGACUGUGCUGAGUUCAGGAGUGCCCCAAGCCAUGGUCCUUUGGCUACCGGAUGAAGAUCGGGCUUAUGUCCAAGAAAGAGCCCCCCAAAUGCGCCAGAUAUACGGACAUCUGGAAGGCCAUGGCACUGAGAGUCCCCAGUUUCUCAACCUCCCCUAUCAAGACCUGCCACUGUUGGAUAUCAAGGCGCUGCACCAUGAUAAUGUCUCGGUGAACCUAUUUGUAGUGAACAAGCCCUGGCUCUUCUCCCUACUCUGGUGUGCAGGGGUGGAUUCAGUCACCACCAACGACUGCCAGCUGCUGCAGCAGAUGCGCUAUCCUGUCUGGCUUAUUCCCGCUCAAACCUACCUGAUAAUAUGGAUCAUUACCAAUUGUGUCUCCCUCCUGCUGCUUUUAUGGACUUUCCUCCUACAACAGAGGUGUGCUAAGGAGAGACAGAGAACUGGGCUAGAAACAGCAGUGCUGCUGACCAGGAUCAACAAUUUCAUAAGGGAGUGAAUGCCCUGUCUUAGCCCCCCACCAGCCAAAAUCAGAGACCUGUUUGCAUUGGCCAACAGCAAGGAAGAGAGGGUGGCUGAGGUGGAACGUUGCUGGGGUUGGCGUGGGGUGAACUUUGCCAGCAGGAGGUGUUCCCCUUGGGAUUUUGACCUGAGGUGGUCAGAAAG